CAUAAAAGAGGUGAAUUUUAGUCUAUAAAAGCAAGUGGGAACUGUCACUAGAUUCUGGGCUCCAACAACCUCCCUCCAGCAAGAUGUGGCACCUCAAGCUCUUUGCAGUGCUCAUGAUCUGCUUGCUGCUGUUGAACCAGGCAGAUGGCUCCCCGGUACUGAAACUGAGUUCAACAAAGAGAAGGUCACGGAGAAUGACCCCGUUUUGGAGAGGGGUCUCCCUCAGGCCCAUUGGAUCCUCUUGCCGGGACGAUUCCGAGUGUAUCACAAGGCUAUGCAGAAAAAGACGCUGUUCCCUAAGUGUGGCCCAGGAAUGAUGUACAAACCGGGGGAAAAGAGGACAGCGCUCACCUACAACAAUGCUCCGUUCUAUGGAAUAUUGAUUAACUGCAUUUUGGCUGGAGACACUUAAGUGAAGCAGUCUUGUUAUUUUUAAUAUUUAAAGACAGAUGUACGCUUUAAACUGGUCUCCGUUUCUUCUUAGAAUGUUAUGUAGCUAAGCAUUACUAAACUUGUCAAUUUAAGAGUUUAUUUUUCUAUGUAUACUAUUAAAUGUCUCAACAUUUUUGCA